UUCUCUGGUUACAGAAUUUCGUAAUGAGUACCAGAAGGAGCAGAAGAAGAUUCUAGCAAAAUCGUUCUCUAUUUACUGCAAAAAAAUCUGUUAUUUUCCUGGUUUUUCUUCUUCUGGUUUCUUUGCGUUUCUGGAUUUGUUGUGUAGGUUUAUGAGAAAUGGCAGAUGAGGUGAUUCUGAUGGAUUUCCGGCCAAGUCCUUUUGGGAUGAGGGCAAGGAUUGCCUUGGGUGAAAAGGGUAUCAAAUACGUGUAUAAGGAAGAGAACCUCGCCGAUAAGAGUAAUCUACUUCUGAAAAUGAACCCUAUUCACAAGAAAGUUCCUGUUUUAAUCCAUAAUGGGAGACCCAUCUGUGAAUCACUCAAUAUAGUUCAAUACAUUGAUGAGGUUUGGAAUAACAGAUCUCCAUUGUUGCCAUCUGAUCCUUACCAUCGAGCAGAAGCCAGAUUCUGGGGUGAUUACAUUGACAAAAAGAUAUUUGAUUCGGGUAGGAGAGUGUGGAUGAGCAAAGGAGAAGAACAAGAAAGAGCAAAGAAGCAAUUCAUAGAAGUGUUACUGGUGUUGGAAGGAGAGCUUGGAAACAAGGCUUUCUUUGGGGGUGAUAACUUGGGAUUCGUUGAUGUGAGUCUGAUUCCCUUCUACAGUUGGUUUUAUGCCUAUGAGACAUUUGGCAACUUCAGUAUAGAAGAUGAGUGCCCAAAGCUGGUAGCUUGGGCGAGGAGGUGUAUGCAAAGGGAAACUGUGUCUCGUUCUCUUCCUGCCCAGCACCAGAUUUAUGACUUCGUUUUGCAUGUUAAGAAGAGGUUUGGAUUAGAGUAGAAGUUUAGAACACAGAAACACACCAAAGAGAGAGAGAGAGAGGGAGAGAGAAAAAGAUGUAGCACAGAGAUGGAGGGUCUACGAUUUUAGAUUGCUGACUUGUUACAUUUUUCCCCUUUAAUUAAUUUAUUCUUUCAUGGGUAAUUCUUGGAUUGCCUUUCUUGUUUAUC